AUGCUUGUGCUCAAAUUUAAUGAUAUAAUCACAAAUCAAGUUUAACAAUAAUAACAAUAAUACUAAUACUUCAAGAUUAUCUUAUCUCGUUACUCUAAUCAACAUUUCUAGAUAAAGAAAGCAUACACAAAAUUCUCAGGACGAUGGUCUAAAGGAAGUGAUUUAGAAAGAUAAAUAGAUUAUGUUUAAGAGAAUUUGGAUGUCAAUUUAGUUGCUAAAUUAGUUAAUGCUUUUAAUGGUAUUGAAAUAAUAAUAAAUACUCCUUAAGAAUUAUAUGAAAUGUAUUAAAUAUUACAUUUCUUUCAAAUUCAAGAACUACAAAAUUAAAUAGAAAAAUUCUUGAUUUAAGAUAAAUCUAGUAUUUUAAUUGGAUACUAAUUAUCUGAAUUAUUUGAAAUUGAAUCAUUAUCUAACUUUUAUUUUUAAUAUUUCAAAGAAUAUGGAUUCUUGGGUAUUUUUAAUAAAAAACUUGAUAAAGAUAAAGCAAGAAAACAUAUUUAUAAUAAUAAAACCAGAUUAGUUCCACUUCAUUAUUUAUAUUUAUAAGCAAAUUUAUUCAAGAAAUUAUUAAUAUUACAUAAUCAUCUUGCCGUCAUCAAUUUUGAUAAAAAUAAAUUUUUAGAUUAAUUUUAAAUUGCCCUUUUAAUAAGUGAAUAUUGUUUAACUAAUGGAUAUGAUAGAAUUAAAUUAUAAGAAAUCUUCUCUGAUGCUGUUAUUAAAGAUUAAGUAACUAAUGAAUAAAAAUAAAUUAUUUUGAUAGAAUUUGAAAAAUAAUAUAAAAAAAAUCAAAUGAGAACAGUUUCAAGUAUAUCCUAAUCAGAAGAAGAUGAUUUAUCUGAUACUACAAUUGAAGUCAAAAAUAAAAAUUCAGAAACUAUGAUAUCCCCAUUAUCAAUUAUUGAACCUAUUGAAAUAUAUAGAGGAAAAGAAUUAAACCUAUAACUACUUAUAGGAUUAAAAAAUUUAUAAUUUCAUUUUAAGACUAAACAUACAUCAUUUGGAUUUUAUGUAUCCAAAAAAAUUGAAUUAAAUGUUUAGAUAUAAGAUGAAUAAUUAUAUUUAGUGAAUUUAAAUACUAAAGUAUAACUUAAUACAAGUUUAAGAGUAAAUUGGAUUAAAUUUGAAGAAAAUGGUUUAAAUGUAAAUAAUAGACUAAUAAUUGUCAGAUCAAAAGGAAUAUGUAGAUAUGAAGAAGAUGUAAAUGAACCUAUUGGUUAAAUUAGAUUAACAGGGUGUCGUAAUUUUAGAAUAGAAGAAGUAACAGUAUGGAAUACUUGUAUUUUUGCCUAUUCUUGA